GCUUAAAAAAGCAAAGGGAGCUCGCGGGCAGCUCUGCAGCCCUCCCUCCCCACUGCUGGACCAUGCACCCCUGCCCCUGCCGGCUCGGCCACAGGCGAGGACUUGAUUUCUGGAGCUGAGAGCCAAAACUUGUUGACUUUUCUUCUCUCCAAUAACUGAAUCAUGCCAUGUGCCCAGAGGAGCUGGCUGGCAAACGUCUCCCUGGUGGCUCAGCUCCUCAACUUUGGGGCGCUUUGCUAUGGGGGACAGCCUCAGCCAGGCCCCGUUCGCUUCCCGGACAGGAGGCAAGAGCAUUUUAUCAAGGCCCUGCCAGAAUACCAUGUGGUGACUCCUGUCCGAGUAGAUGCCAGUGGGCAUUUUCUUUCGUAUGGCUUGCACCAUCCUGGCACCAGCAGCAGGAGGAAGAGACAUUUGGAUGGCUCAGAAGACCGAGUGUAUUAUAGAAUUUUGCACGAGGAGAAGGACCUGUUUUUCAACCUGACGGUCAAUCGGGGAUUUCUUUCCAGUAGCUACAUCGUGGAGAAGAGAUACGGGAACCUCUCCCGUGUCGAGAUGAUGGCUUCCUCAGCCCCCCGCUGCCAUCUCAGGGGCACAGUUCUACAGCAGGGCACCAGAAUUGGGACAGCAGCCCUCAGUGCCUGCUAUGGAUUG